AUGAGGGAGGCAAAAUGGCAUUACACUGGCUAUAUACCAAUGCUUGAUGAGUAUCUAAACCAUGCCUGGAUUACAUCAACCGUUCCUAUAAUGCUCUUACAUGGUUAUUUUUUAAGUUCAAAUUCCAUAGGUGAUGACGAGUUGCAAUGCUUGGAGGCAUACUCAGAUAUAAUUAAGUGGUCGGCGAUCGUUGUAAGGCUAGCGAAUGAUUUGGAAACAUCGUUUGAUGAGAUGGAAAGAGGCGAUGUGUCUAAAUCAAUCCAAAUAUACAUGCAUGAAAUUGGAGCUUCUGUAGAGGAUGCUCGCAAACAUGUCAAGCACUUGAUUAGUGAAGCAUGGAGCAAGAUCAAUGGAGCUAGAGCUGCAAAUUCACCUUUAAAUCGAGGUUUUGUUGACAUGGCGAUGAACAUGGCUAGGGUUGCCCAAUUCAUCUACCAAUAUGGAGAUGGACAUGGACAUGAUAUUGAAGGCAAGAAUAAAGAUCGUGUGGUUUCAUUGUUAAUCGAACCCAUUCCCAUCAAAUCUAAAUGA